GUUUGCAUCACAUCUUCUAUUUGCACUGCCUAUAGCCGUUGCCAGGAUGAGUAUGAGGGUAUAUGUGCUUCUACUAUUCGAUCUAUGGCCCGGCAUGUCAGAUCGGUAGCGCUGGUCGAUUUAUUAAUAUCGGCAUCUUGGUUACUCGGGCGAAAGAUUGGCCGGAAGGAAUAUCUGCUGCCACACGACUCAGCCUGGUAGAACAAUGCGACAAUGGAUUGUAAGGUAUGAUGCGCUGGAGGACACAGCCGUGUUUGCCUUGUUCUUGUCACAUUGCUGUACCAUUCUUGCAGCCUCCUAUGGAAGGUGGCCGGUGUAUCCCACGCUCUGUUGUCUCAGGCUGAGUAUUCACAAGUACGUCUUUCGCAACUCUCGCUGGAUCUGUUCGACCAGGCCCUGGGUAAUCUUCUGUCCUCGUAUGAUCAACGUUGCAGAAUCGAUCAACAGCAACCUGAGUUUGGUGUGAUUGGCGCGGCUGGAACAUCAGGGUGUUUGAAUGAA